AUGGCAAAACGCAAGAGACAGAACCCCCCCAAGGCUGAGGCCCCCUCGGAGGCCACGGCGACAAUUAAGAAGCAGAAACCUGAGACUACAGCACCUACAAAGACUGCCGAACCGACGGCCUCUUCAGCACCCUCAGCAACGGAAACCCUCCAAAUAGUAGUGGGAUCGUACGACCGAGUCCUGCACGGCCUGACGGCGACCGUCGGGGCAAAGAACACGGAAAAGAAGAAGAAGAAGAAACAGGAGUUCGUCGCCGACUUCGCCGACACGUUCCUGCUCACAGCGCACACCUCGCCGAUCCGCUGCGUGGCCGUGUCGCCCCCCUCAGCCCCCGCGGCCGGUCAGAUGCAGAAGGUGUUCCUGGCAUCGGGGAGCGCGGACGAGAAGAUCAACCUCUACGAGCUGUCGGCGCACCCGCCCAAGAAGGAGGGCGAGGACCUGCUGGCCACGAUCGCGCCCCGGCCCAUCCUGGAGAACCCGCGGAACCGGGAGCUGGGCGCCCUGCUGCACCACACGUCCACGGUCACGGCGCUGCGGUUCCCCACGAGGUCGAAGCUGCUCUCGUCGAGCGACGACUCGACGAUUGCGGUGACGCGCACGAGGGACUGGUCGCUGCUGAGCUCGAUCAAGGCGCCCAAGCCGAACGUGUUUGGCCGGCCGAGCGGUGACACUGCCGUCUUUGGGGGUGCGCCGUCUGGUGUGAACGACUUUGCUAUCCACCCCAGCAUGAAGCUGAUGAUCAGUGUCAGUAAGGCAGAGCGCAGCAUGAGGCUCUGGAAUCUCAUGACGGGGAAGAAGGCUGGCGUGCUCAACUUUGAGCGCAACCUGCUACAAGAGGUCGGAGAGGGCAGGCAUUCGACCGGGGAGGGAUUGAAGGUCACGUGGGGGAGCGUGGACGGUGCGGACGAGUUCGCGGUUGGGUUCAGCCGCGACAUCGUCGUGUUUGGGAUGGACAGCACGCCCAAGUGCAGGGUGAUGCCGGACUCGAAGACCAAGAUCCACAAGUUCGAGUACCUGACUCUGGAUGACGAGGAGGAGACGGCCGUGAUUGCAGUCGCGACAGAGGAUGGCCGGAUCGCCUUCUUCUCCACUGCCGCUGCACACAUUACCAAACCAACGGACGAGAAGGCCGAGCUAAGCGCCGCCCGUCUGAUUGGGCAGGUUGGAGGCAAGGACGACAAGGUGUCUGGGCGCAUCAAGGAGUUUUCCCUCGUGAGGAGCGAGACCGACGCGGAUCUCCUUUACAUCAUUGGCGGUAGCAGCGACGGGGUGGUCAGGCUAUGGACGGCGAGCCGCGCGGAGCUGAAGAAGGCGACCGAGAAGCCAGCGCUCUCGGCUCCAAUUGGCAAGCUGGUGGCGUCGUAUGAAACCCAAAACCGCAUUACCUGCAUGGCGGCCUACUUAAUGAUACCCUUGCCCGAAGGAGCUGAGGAGAGUGAGUACGAGGUGGAUGAUUCCGAGGACUCGGAGGCGGGUUCAGAGGAUGACGGAGAAAGUACAUAA